AUGAGACUUCUUCUCAUCAUUUCAAUCUUACAAUGGUCGCUACUUCUUGGAGAUGCUGUAGCGUUUGGAGGUGCUGUAAUCGUAGCCUCAAGUGGCGGACGUCGAGGAAUCUGUAGCAGAGAACAGGCAGCCCUUAGAAUUGCUAGAGCUGGAGGUGGUGUGUUCGGAGGAGCAGCGGGAUACGAUACCAGAGGAAUUAGUACAUUUUCUUUUCGACAUACAUAUGGCGAGCGCGGAAUAAAAGUUGGAAGUUCAAGAAGAUCAAGCAGUUUUGGAACAGAGGCUUUCCUCUAUAAUGUAUACAAUACAUCAUUUAACACGCCAGUUAGAUUUGACAACCGUGAAUACUACUGGAAUGUUACACAAGCUAGAGAAAGUAUCACUUCAAAAGUGUUCUGUGAAUACCAAGUUGGAAAAGAUGAUGGAGAGUUACAAACUGAAACAUUUCUAGACGGAACACUUGUGAAGUCUAUAUAUUUCGGAUGUGCUGGAACAUCAGUUGAUUGUUGUGGAAUGUAUUGUUGUCAUGUUAUGGAGGACUACCUCAUGCUUAUAUUGUUUUGUGUGAUGAUCGGUGGAGGUCUUUGGAUGCUUUAUGCCACCUUAAAAAUCCACGUCAACAAAUCGAGAGUAGGAAAUUGA